GCUGAACACAAAGAAGGUAUUUUGAAGAAUAUGGGAAACCAAAGAGUUGAUGGACAUCAAUGGGGCCCAUCAACUGUUUGGUUGGAACAACAUGUAAAUGAUGAUAAAAUUUUCAUUUUUGGGUCAACUAUCCCUAUAAUAAUUUUAAUGAUAAUAUAAAGUGAUAUUAAGAGUCAAAAUGAACAUCUUUAUGGUUUGGUGUCAAUGUACUACUUACAGUCUUACAGAUGGGGCUGUGGGGGAGCAGAAGACAAAAAGUGGUUGGCAAGUUGGUGUCAGCAGAGUCCUAGCUUGACAUUUCUGUGUGUGCGUGUGUCUGGUCAUCUAAUUUUUUACCUUGUAGUAAAAUUCUUUAACCUCCUGGCUGGGCAAUAUAUCAUGUACAAUUCAAGUAUUGCAUCAUUUUAAUGUGGAUUAAAGCUGCACUGAGAAUAAAAGGUGACGCAUUUGCAAUUAACAUAUUUGAUUUGUUUCCAUUAUUUUCGCCUUCUCUUGCAGUUUCCAUUAAAUGAUUCCAUUUCCUCUAGAUUUUUUUUUCCAUUUCUAGUGCAUUUUUUCUUUAUGUGGUGAGCAUGACUUUACUUACAGUUUUUGCAUUUUUUUUUUUUUUUUUUUACAUUUCAAAUAAUAUACUACAAGCCUUAUACUUUUAAACUUGUGACAAUUUCAUUUGAGUGCCAUUUCUGGGUAGAAAGACAUGCUUGGUGGAAACUCCCACGUUCACUAAGCAUCAUUUCCUUCUUAGAGACAUCAAAGAUCUGACUGAGUUGGCAAAAAAAGAAAAAAAGAAAGAAAGAAAGAAGAAGAAAAAUGCUCAUUCAAAAUGGUUGAUGGUAAGACUUACAGGUAUAGUGGUCCAGUGUGAAGUCAGUAUAACAGCACGAUAAAAAAAAAAAACAGACAAAGCAGGAAACAGGCGGAAGAGAAAGUCAGUGUUGGUUUAGCUCGUCAACCAUGAGCAGCAACUUUCUUUGUGCUCUUCUCAUACUUGCCUUCCUGGAAUCAGGCAAAUCAAACAGUGUUAUAUCUAUCAAUCACAGCCGAGAUGGAGAUGGCCAGAACAUUACCUGUGUCCUCUUAGGGGACGAAAAUAUGACACAAAUCAACUGGGAGAUGCUAAGAGGUGCGAAUCGCACAAAACUGGGCACGUAUCAUCCAUAUUUUGGAACUCACAUAAAUGGUGAAUAUAAGACUAAAGUGAAGAUACAGAACAAAACAUCUCCACGUCCAGCAUCAUCCCUUCUCAUUGAAGUAUCAUCAAAUGAGAGCGUGCAUAUCUGUUGUGCGUUCAUAACAUUUCCUUCGGGUAAACUGGAGCAGUGUACUGAUAUCAGUAAAAAAGAUGUCAGUAUCAACGCAUCUACAAUAAAAGAUUUUAGUUACAUGAAACAAGAAGCAAAGCUGGGAAUACUUGGACGUUUGGGUGCAAUGAUCAUUGGAACGAUUCUUUCCCUCUUUAUCCUAACCAUCCUAUUCUACUUCUGCAAAAAUAACAACUGCAGAAGGAGGAAGUCUUUUGAGAUACGAACAUACCAGACGGACUCACCAGCUGAGACAAAUACAGAAGAAUCACAUGAUGCACCAACUUCUCAAAGUUCUCCAAAUGGCUUUGACCCCUCAAAACUUUAUGCCAAGAUCAAAAAUGACCUUUUCUAUGGCCGGCUGUGGAAGUCUUACCAAGGCCAACCCAAAGCAUGGACACAAGAAUCCCCCACAGGUGCUCAAGAGCGUUAAGAUUGGGUGAAAUACAUGUCCACAGGAGGUUUUUCACCUUGGGAGAAUGCAUAUCGUCAUUGUCAUGUUGAGAAAAUGCCCAACAACGCAGGAAAUGAGGAAAGGGUAACAUCUUCUGUUUCAAGUUUUUGUAUUACAUCACACAGACAGUGGUGUGUGAAUUCAUGACAGCAUUGUUAAAGCAAAACUCCCUCACACCUUCAGCACUCGUACAUCCCUAAGAGCUUUACUACCACUGAACUUCACUGUGGGAAUCAGGCACUUCUCACUGUACUCCUCCUCUAGCAACACCAUAACAUUUUGGAUGAUUAUUUCUGGGGACUUGUCACAAAUCCAUUGUUUUUUGAAUUUCUGUGUUACUUUUGCUAUGUUUUCACACUUAAAUGAAUGAUUUGGUAAUCCUCUUGUACCACUGUCCUCUUUUGUGCUAUUAAGAAAUAAGUUUCCUGAUGAUUCUUUUUCAAGUGGUUCAAUUGUCGUCAGCAUUAAGUCUGAGAAUCAUUCAGUGGGCUAUAUAACACUUUUAAUUGUUAAAGAAAUCACUUCUCUUUAAAUGUUUUGGUUCAACAUACCUGUGUUGAUCAAAAAUUGCCUUAAACUUACACCAGAAAAAAAUAUUUAAUAUUUCAAGAGGGUGUACUCAUUUUUGCAACACAACAUUUUAUCACUUUGAUAAGAAAAUCUUGUUUUCCUGAAUAAUUUUGACAUGCUUCUUUGGUAAUUGGUCAAGCAGACAUGCCCGAAUCCAAUUUUGCUAUAACUUGCUAUUUUUUUGCUAUUGACUUUAGACCAGGUUUUUGUUGGUCAAUGGUGCAGUCGUUUUUAGUUGCCUCAAAA